AUGGAAGGCUGCAAGCCCGUCAAGACUCCUAUGGAAACAGGACGUGGGAGCUACACAGACGAACCGGCACCGACAGAGGAGAGGCCCCCAUCCAUACCCUACCAAAACCUGAUUGGGAAUUUUAUGUACCUCGUCCAAGGCACUCACCCAGACAUUGCAUUCGCGACUCACUUUUUGAGCCAGUACAAUACCAACUUCCCCAUCACACGCUGGAAGAUGGCGAAAAGUGUGCCACGGUACCUACAAGGCACAAAAGACGCUGGGAUUACGUAUCGGGUAUGUGGCGAACCUGUCGUCGGACAUUGCGACGCAAGCUGGAACGAGUCAGGAACGGGCCAUUCACGGAAUGGAUACGCUGUCGAAGGGAGUCGUAAGUUGGAGAUCGACCAAGCAGCAAGUGGUCGCGCUCUCGACGUGCGAGGCUGA